AGCUCACAAUCUUCUCUCGAGAUUCCAUCAACCCUAAGUCCCUUUGCUUCCCAACGAAGAUAUUCCAUCUCAAUUUGAGAAAACGUUCUUUGCUUCUUCUAACAUUUUCAAACUUUUAGAACUAACUUCAGAGCCAUUGCAUUACCUAUAUAUGACUCUUCACUCACAUGUCAAUGAUCCUGCAAGAAGGCACAUUGAUUCCACAUAGUUACAGACGAUGAGGAUGAAGUGUCCUCACUCGUUUCUCGUCUUCGCAUCGCUGCUGAAUUUGUUUCGAGUUUCAGUUUCUUCGGUCGUGUCGACCGGGGACUUCAAUAAGGACUUCUUCGUGAUGUGGUCGCCGGACCAUGUGAAUACUUCGGCAGACGGUCGGACCAGAAGCUUGGUUCUCGACCAGGAAUCAGGGGCUGGUUUUGCUUCCAAUGACAUGUUCUUGUUUGGGCAAAUCGACAUGAAAAUAAAGCUAAUCCCUGGUCAUUCGGCCGGCACAGUCUUGGCCUUCUAUUUGACGUCCGAUCAGCCGAACAGGGACGAGAUAGACUUCGAGUUCCUCGGCAACGUGUCCGGGCAGCCUUACAUUCUCCAAACUAAUGUGUACGCCGACGGGUUCGACAACCGCGAAGAGCGGAUUUACCUUUGGUUCGAUCCGACUACAGACUUCCAUAACUACUCCAUCUUGUGGAAUCUCCACCAGAUUGUCUUCUUUGUAGAUUGGAUCCCGAUCCGGACAUACCGAAACCACGCAGACAAGGGAGUGGCAUUCCCUAGAUGGCAACCAAUGGGCGUCAAAGCCACCCUAUGGAACGGCGAUAGCUGGGCGACGAGGGGCGGGCACGACAAGGUCGACUGGUCGAAGGGCCCUUUCGUGGCCUCGUUCGGGGACUACAAAAUCGAUGCCUGUGUUUGGAAGGGCAAUCCGAGGUUUUGCAGGGCGGAUAGCCCCGCAAAUUGGUGGAACAACGAGGAUUUCAGCUCAUUGACAUGGAAACAAAGGAGGUGGUUCAAAUGGGUUAGGAGAUAUCAUAUGAUAUAUGACUAUUGCCAGGACAAUGCAAGGUUCCAAAACAACCUGCCCAAGGAGUGCUCUCUUCCCAAAUACUAAACUAGCUGAUCCAUGAAAAAUAAUCUCCAAUUCUUUCAUCACAUUUUCUUCUUUUCUUCCGCAUUUUAUUUAAUUUAUGCCGCCGACAUAUUUAUGAAAUUGGUUUCCUGAAUAUAUUGCGUGGUGGUCGUGCCCCUUAAGGUUUUUGGUAUGCACGUGACCCUACGAGUUCAAUGCUACAUGAAUUAGUGAUUCCUAGUGUACAAUUGAUUGAGGAUUCGAUACUGCAAAAUUUUUCUUUUUCAAG